ACUUGGACCCUCAAUUCACUCACUUUCACUCUGCGUCCGCUUUGCUCUUUCUGCAUCUCGCUCCCUCUCUCAUUCAAUCAAUAUCAACCAUUCCUCUUCGCAACAAACUCGACACACAAGCAAGACCACGAGUACGACCAGCAUUACGAGCGCAAUGCCACCAGACCACGAGGAGGACGAGCAGGGAAGCUUACAGGAGCGACUCGAGGCCAUAUACUGUCCCCCUCUCGACCCUUCCCUCGUAGCAGCUAUUGCGCACGAUGAAGGGCAGACCUUGCAGAGCGCGAGGGAGGUGUUGGACGCUCUUGCCAGGAGUGCUCGUGAUGAAGAGGAACAGACGGAGGAGGCAGUCUUUGGAUCUGAGGGAGAGGCAGCAACAGCGCCGCCAAGGGAGAGCGUUGUUCCCGAUGAGAGUCAGGAGGAGCGUAUAGAGAGGAUGUUGGACGAGUUUCAUUUGGGGGAGGAGUUUGAUCAGGAGAAAGGGAAGGGUCACACCGCCUCCUCCAGGAGCAAGACAGGAGGGACAGCUUCACGACGCCGGGAGAAAUGGUCGAAGCUGUCCUCAUCUGACAACAAGAGCUCCUCGCCGGCUUCUUCGGAGCAAUCCUCGCCUGAUACGACGGGCGACACACAGGCAGAAGAAGAAGGAGAAGCCAGUACAUCCCGCACCUCCCUGGACGAUCUGAGCGAUCGAGAAUUCCCUCCUUACGAUGAGGUCGCAUCCAAGCUCCACUCCUCCUCCUCCAGCACCUCCACCACCUCCAGCCCCCCCUCUUCAUCAAACAGCAACAAUGAAGACCCACUCGACUUCCUCAGCCACGCUUUCCCAACUCGCACUCGCGCCUUCCUCUCCGAAACCCUACAAGACUGCCGUCGAGAUGUGGGCGUGGCGAUUGACACGCUCAUGGCUAUCGAUAUGGUGGAGCGCGAGGAGGGAGAUGCGGCGGCUGAGGCUAUGCUUCGAUCUUCUGAGCUAGCGGACAUGAGCAGGUCCCCCUCGUCAUCUUCUUCGUCUUCCUCGACGGGGGGUGGGCUGAACUUUGAAGCCCUGGCCGAUGGGACGCGGGCAGUCAAGGGAAAGAAGGGGAGAGCCUUACGAAGGAAAGCGUUGGAGGAGAAGCUGAGGGCCAGUGGAGGGGAGGUGCCCGUGGGCAAGGCUGGAUUGACUAAAGUGACACUGGGUGAUGUGCGACAAGGAGGAGGAGGGGGAGGCGGCAGUCGACCGACGAGCGGUAGUGCUCGCAAAAGCGGCGAAGCUGCUGGAGCCGCUUCGCGGGGAAAAGACGACUUUGCAGGGCUCUCAGAUAGGGAGAUCGCUGAACGUCUAGCAAAGGAGGAGGAUCCUGAGGCGGGUGAGCCGGUCAAAGAUAACCAAUGGCUCCUCACCAGCUCGGUCCUUUCGCAAAUCUCGGUCCUCCUCUCCCUACCUCCGACUCAAGCAACCUCAACCUACAACGCCUCAGGCUUCAACCUUCACAUCGCCGUCGGUCGUCUAAUCGACUCGGCGGCCUCCUCCUACCCCACCCUCCAGAGCCUCGACAAAGCAGGCGCAGCGCCCGAGGGGACGGCGCAGCGCAUCGUGGAGAGUCUGGCAUCUCUCUCCGGUAAGAGCAGGGAGAGUGCGGCACUCUGUCUCCGAGCGACCAAGGGACGACAGGACGCUACGCUCGACCUGCUCAACCUCGUCGACGUGGUGCGCGAGGCGGCCGCGGGGGAGAAACCGGACGAGUUGGACCCGUUAGGGAAAUUGCGCCAUCCUACCCCUGCUGCGGACGAGGCGAAGCGACAGAGGGAUGGUGCCCUGGCUUCUCAGCAAGGUCUGAGCAGUACGACCUCCAAUGUGGACCCGCGACCAGGCGAGGUGGUCGACUUGGCAGCGAUGGAACGGGCGAGGCGCGCCGGUGGCUUCUCACGCGCUGCGGCUGCAGGCGGGAGUGGGGUGGUCCCCACCGGCCAGGCAAAGGCUAUGGCCUCCCUACGCGACGGAACUGCGCCCGUGGCCGUGUCCUUCCCUCCCUCCGCUGGCGCCACUACAGGCUCUGCCGGCCUGUCAGAGGCAACUCAGUCCCUCCUCGCUGGCGUCGGCGGAGGCGGAGGCGGCGAUACGAUCCGGUACGACUCCCGUGCCCCCACUGCUCGCGAGCGGGAGAAGCGCAUCGCCCACGCGCAGGGAAUGGCAGCCGACUAUCGUCUUCGACGGGAUCGUUGUCUCCAGCAAGCGGGCAACGCAUGGCGUUCCACCCCCGGCGGCAAGGAUCGGGGAGCCGCCUUCUACUAUGCGGACGAGGCGAGGCGACUCGAAGGUAAAGGGAGGGCUUGGCAACUCCGAGCUGCUGAGGAGCUUGUGGCUUAUCGUAGGGGCAAGCCGAGCGCUUAUGGACAUGCGGGACAGGGAGGGGUGGUGGAUCUGCAUGGGGUUACGGUUAGGGAGGCGUUGAGUAUUGUUAGUGAGGAGUUGAAUGUGUGGUGGAGUCGACCUAGUGGGGCGGGGGUCGGGGUGGGGCAGGGGAGGAGGGAGGCGUUGACUAUCGUGACUGGGGCGGGGAGACAUUCUCCUAAUCAGGUGGCCAUCUUGACACCUUCGGUUGCAAAGUACUUGCAGCGAGAGGGGUGGAGAGCCGAUGUGGAUCGGCAGAGGGGAGUCAUCGUUGUGCGUGGGCGCGUGUAGAGGGGCAAGAGGCCAGAUGGCAGGGGAGAAUUGGGAGUCGCAUUUUUCUCGCUGGGCUGGUAGACUUGUUGCUGCUACUACUGCUGCUGCUGCUGCUGCUUUUUGCUACUUUAGACAGUCAAUUGGGAACCGCCACAUCGCACCGUACCACG